CGUCGAACGAUUUGCACCAGCAUCUUGUCAGCGCAGUGAAAACCCAGCGUAGCGUCGGCAAGCGCAAACUAAUUAUCUUUCACUAGCCAGUGCCUAAAACAAGCUUCGAAUCCCGUGGUUAGCAGCAAACAGCGCGCGGUACGCACACAAGCGCGCUUACAUGCUGUAGCACGGCAACGAAAGUGACGCGCGGACGGUUUUCAACAACAGCAGUGCUGCUUCUCGUUUUGUGGUAUCGUAUAUUAGCGCCGCUUGACGGGCGCGUAGACAUAUUGUCGACCGGGUGCUUAAUUGCUUACAUUAAGAGCGCGACCAGCGGAAAACUGUGCUAGCCCUCGGUUCUCUAUCGGCGGCGGCGGCAGCGGCGUCUGCUUAUCGGGCAGGUUUAGUUGAGUGCGUGUGUUUGUCGUGCAUCGCGAGUGCGUACGUUGUCCGUUGUCGUGUCGGUUCCUUCGCCCGCGAGCAGUGUGAACUUCAAGCGUACUGCAAGCAGCAUUGGCAGCAGCAGCAGCAGCAGCAGGAGGCAACAAAACAAAAAUGUCUGACAAGGGAUACGCAGUAAACGAUUUGGUUUGGGCCAAAAUGAAGGGUUUCUCGCCCUGGCCGGGUCGUAUUUCGGUCCCACCGGCCGAGCUCCGCAGGAUUCCGGUCAAAAAGAACAACCCCGUCAAAUGCAUAUUCUUCUUCGGCAGCAACAACUAUGCUUGGAUCGAGGAAACGCAGAUUAAACCGUACCAGGAGUUUAAGGACAAACUGCUAAAUUCAUGCAAAACUGCCCAAUUCAAAGAGGCUGUGCAGCAGAUAGAGGAGUUCAUGGUUGAUCCGGAGAAAUUCCAGCCCUUAUUCGUGGGCGAAAACGAGUUGGCUAAUCGUCCGGAUCCGGAUGUGGAGUUUAACAAGCUCCGCGAGGGUGGCACCGGAAGUGGUACCGAGGAAAGCGGUACUGAAGACACGCCCACGGUCAACAACACGACGACACCGGCCGCACUUGAGACGGUAGAAGAUGGCAACGCCACGCCAUUGGCAAAGAAGACCGCAAAGAAGAAAGUACGUGCCUCGUUGCCAAUCAAGUUGAACGUGGAUAAGACAUCCGCCACGAAGGUUCGUGCGAUCGGCACCAAAGCAAAGGCGUCCCCGCUCGAGGAUGUUUCUGCAACGCCCACACCGAAGCGCAAGAAGAAGCUGCUGGACGAUACCGGUGAUCUGUCCGGGCUCGAUCUGGAUAGUUACGCCAGCCCGGUACGCCGCAGUGCACCGAUUUCGCAUCUGCUUAACCGCCCCGUGACCGUCACCCGCCCCGACACACCGGAGAUCGACAUGUCGACCGUCUCGGACGCGGUCACGUCACGUAACAUUCAGGCGUCGCAGCUGAAGUUCGGCUUUCUGGGCCUCGGCAUUAUGGGGUGCGGCAUCGUGAAAAAUCUUAUCAAAUCCGGUCACUCGGUAGUGGUGUGGAACCGGACCCCCAGCAAGUGCCGUAAGUUCGAGGAGGUGGGCGCCGAGGUAGCCCCGACACCGUGCGAUGUUGUGGAGAUGACGGACGUUACGUACUCUUGCGUAUCCGAUCCGCAGGUGGCCAAGGAUCUGGUGUUCGGAAACUGUGGCGUUAUCCAGGCAUCAUUGACGAACAAAGGCUAUGUUGAAAUGACAGGCAUCGACCCCGAAUCUUCUCAGGACAUCGCAGAGGCCGUCGUUCGUAAGGGAGGCCGGUAUUUGGAAGCACAAAUUCAAGGCUCAAAGACCCAAGCGGAGGAGGGCACACUAAUCAUUUUGGCGAGCGGCGAUCGGUUGCUGUUCGAGGACUGCCAAAGCUGCUUCGAGGCGAUCUCACGUAACUCCUUCUAUCUCGGGGACGUGGGCAAUGCGACCAAGAUGAAUCUGGUCCUGCAGAUGGUUUCCGGCAUCGCACUGGCCGGUAUUGCCGAGGCGUUGGCUUUGGCGGAUAGAGCUGGUCUUCAACAGAAGGACGUUCUCGAGGUUCUCGAGCUAACGAGCAUGUCAUCGGAAAUGCUCCUACAGAAAGGAAAAGCCAUCAUAAAGGGCGAGUUCCCGACGCACCAUGCGUUGAAAUACAUGCAGAAGGACCUGAAGCUGGCGCUCGGAUUGGCCGACGGGUUGGAGCAAUCCUCCCCGAUCACGGCCGCCUCGAACGAGGUGUUCAAGCACGCCAAGCGUCUCGGUUACGGCUCGCACGACGCCAGUGCAGUCUAUGUGCGAGCACGGUUUUAACAGCGACCGCAUUAUGAGCAGGAACAGGAAGUAGACGACAAUGACGACGGUGAUGACGACACCGUCGAAGAGUUUUCAAAAUUUCGCCGAUAAUAACGAACGAUGGGAGGCGAAAACAAAACAUAACUAGGAGUAUCCGUAUCGUCCUGAUACCAUCACACCAUUUUGAUGGCCCUUAGCGCCCCUCUCCCUCUUUUUUAUCAGCAUGAUCAUCAUCAUCGUUCACCAUCUCGCAAUGGAAUGGGUUUAGCGAAUGUAUGUAGUAUGAGAGCUUUUUGACCGCCAGCAGUAGCAAACAGGGAAGACACUUUACAUUUGAGAAUAAAUGACGAGCGGAAGAAAAGUAGCUAAAAUUUAUCCAACACCACCAAGCUACUCCAAUUGUGCGUAGUUUGUGGAUGUGAACAUAUUUCUAGUGAACAGAACGACUUCCACGACUUUACAUGCUGCAUAUCGCUCGGGAGGUCGGUAGGAGGUAGCAUUUAGUUUUAUUUUUGUUUUUGGGACAUUUUUAGUUGUUAGAUCAUUUUCACUUGCUAGAUUCAUACACCACCACCCCGUUUAAACACCAAAUAGUGCAAUGUAGAAUGUGCGCGGACAAAGAAUAAUUUUUACUUUGUUUUGGAUUAAAAUUGUCGUACGUCGCGAUGAAACGUACUGUGUGCGAUGGUAUUCGGUUUUUUUUUCUUUUCAUAAACUGCACUUUUACAUUAACGAAGCUCUAAACAUCUCUUCCCUGGAUUUGAAGAUAAAAUAAAUAUGUCUAUCAAGUA